AUGUCUGUAAUUCUCGUCACUGAUGAUAGUGAUGAUGAUAUGGACGAUGGAAAAUUAAAUGAUUAUGUACAAUAUAAAUGUGACCACAUAACUCAUUACGAUUACAAUGCAACUUGGUCAUUACAAGAUGCGAUAGCAACAACUUUUAAUAAAUUUUUGGACAAAUCGCAAACAAUUAAUUUAUGGCAAUGUGGCAUUGAUCUAGAAUUAGAUACAUGGAAGAAUAAAUUGUUUAGUCGACCAC